AUGGCCAUCAAGGAGGCCGGCAAUGUCAUCAAGAGGUUCCUGUCGUCUGAGUUCGGCUCUGACCCAGAGCGGGUUCACCCCGUGGAUCCAGCGACCACACUUUACGCUGGUAAAAUCAGCCUUCGCCGUCUGAUCGAGGCGGAGGGUAUACCUCAUACAUAUGUCUGCUGGAACGGGUUCGCCGAAACCUACCUUGUGAGCAUCGGCGAUGUUACGGCUGUUGGCACUGGUCCUCCGUCUGACAAGACCACUGUCCUAGGCGAUGGAGAUGCAAAUGGGGUGUUUGUGGUGGAAGAGGACAUAGCUGCCUAUACGGUGAGAGCAAUCGACGAUACGAGGACCCUGAACAAGAUCAUGUACAUGAGGCCGCCGGUGAACAUCGUGUCCCACAACGAGCUCAUCGCACUUUGGGAGAAAAAAGCGGGAAGGACUUUCCAGAUCGCUCGCAUCCCAGAGGCGGAUCUCCUCAAGUUGAUCAAGGAGGCGGCAUACCAUCUCAACAUGACGAUGUCCCACUCACUCUCCGUCUUUGUGAGGGGCGACCAAGCCAACUUCGACAUCGAGCCGUCCUUUGGUGUCGAGGCCACUGAGCUGUACCCUGACGUGAAGUACACCACCGUCGACGAGUACCUAGACCGCCUCCUCUGA